AUGCUUCCUCUCUUCAACAAAGUGCUUCCUCUCUUCAUCAAGGUGCUUCCUCUCUUCUUCAAAGUACUUCCUCUCUUGAUCAAGAUGCUUCCUCUCUUCAACAAAGUGCUUCCUCUCUUCUUCAAAGUGCUUCCUCUCUUCUUCAAAGUACUUCCUCUCUUCAUCAAGGUGCUUCCUCUCUUGAUCAAGAUGCUUCCUCUCUUCAUCAAGGUGCUUCCUCUCUUCAUCAAGG